AGGGGAUGACCAGAGACUGCAAAUAGUACAGAAGAUGACCAGAGAUUGCAGACAGUACAGAGGAUGACCAGAGACUGCGGACAGUACAGGAGAUGACCAGAGACUGCGGACAGUACAGGAGAUGACCAGAGACUGCGGACACAGUACAGGAGAUGAACAGAGACUGCAGACAGUACAGGAGAUGACCAGAGACUGCGGACACAGUACAGGAGAUGAACAGAGACUGCAGACAGUACAGGGGAUGAACAGAGACUGCAGACAGUACAGGGGAUGAACAGAGACUGCAGACAGUACAGGGGAUGAACAGAGACUGCAAACAGUACAGGGGAUGAACAGAGACUGCGGACAUAGUAGAGAAGAUGACCAGAG